AUGUCAAAGUUGACAUAUCAUGAUACAAAGAAGUUUGUUUAAUUAGUCUAGGAUGUCUUCCCUAGCAUAAAUAGUUAGGAUAUAAUAUAUGAGAAAUUGACAAAUGCAAUAAAGGAAGUGUUAUAAAGCAUGAAAUUGAGCGAAAUUGAUAAUUAAAUUGCAAAGAUUCUUUAGUUUUAUGAAGCAACUAAAUAGAGGAUGGGUGUAGUAUUGGUAGGUCCAUCUGGUUGUGGUAAGACUACAAUAUGGAAAGUUUUAAAGAAAGCUCAUGAGAAAUUAGGGUAAUAAGUCAAAACUCAUGUGAUGAAUCCUAAAUCAAUGCCUAGAAGUUAACUAUUAGGAAAUAUGAAUAAUGACACAAGAGAAUUUAGUGAGGGAGUAUUAACAGCAUCAGCUAGAUUGGUAGUUAAGGAAUCAGUGGAUGUCUUAAAUUGGAUUAUAUGCGAUGGAGACAUUGAUCCUGAAUGGAUUGAAUCAUUAAAUUCAGUCUUGGACGAUAAUCAUUUAUUAACAUUACCUACUGGUGAACGUAUCUCAUUUCAAAAUAAUGUUAAUUUCAUCUUUGAAACCUCUGAUUUAUAAUAUGCAUCACCUGCUACUGUUAGUAGAAUGGGAAUGAUAUUUUUGAAUAAUGAAGAUAUCAGUAUGUAAUCUUUAGUUACUAGAUGGAUUAAUAAAUUAGAAUGUGAAGAAGAAAAGAAAAGCAUGUUAUUAAAUCAAAUAGAAUCAACUCUAUACAAUUUACUAGAGGAAAUAUUCUCUUACGAAGAAUAAUAGAUUGUACCUACUACCAGAGUUGGUUUAAUUAUGAAUAUUUUAUCCUAAUUACAGAGAAUACCAACGAAUAAAUAGCAAUUCAAUUACUUCCUAUUAUAAGGAUUGACUUCCAAUUUCCAACCAGAAAUCAGGUUGAAAUUCUAAACAUUAAUUAAUUCUAAUCUAGAAUUAAAUGAAAAUGGAGACAAAUAUCAAUACAUUAAUCAAAAUAUCGAUGAAUCAUAAUUCUCUGAUGUUAAUGAUCCUCCUGUUAUCAAAACUAUUGGACAUCAAAAAGAUCUAUAAAUGUUACAAUCUUGGAUUCUCAAUAAUGAUCCCUUCAUUAUUGUGGGAGAAGAGGGUUGUGGCAAGAAUCUAUUAAUCUAAAGUGCCUUCAAAGAACUCAAAAAAACUAUUAAAAUUCAAAUAGCCACAAUCAAUUGCAAUGCAUAAACAAGUGCAUCUUAAAUCAUUCAAAAAUUAAAUUAAAUUUGUGCAAAAGGUACUUCAGCCUUGGGUAGAGUCUAUAAGCCUAAAGAUUGUAGUCGUUUGAUUCUUUAUUUAAAGGAUAUCAACCUUCCUAAGCCUGAUAAAUAUUAGACCAUUCAACUCAUUGCUUUCUUGUAACAAUUAAUUACUCACAGAGGUUUCUACGAUGAAAAUUUAGAAUUCGUAUAUCUGGAUGAUAAAAUCUAAAUUGUUUCUUCAAUGAAUCCUCCUUCAACAAUUGGAAGACAUUAAUUAUCGACUAGAUUUACUGCAAAUGUUAGAAUCUAUUAUAUUGAAUAACCUUCUAAUGAUGAAUUACAAUAGAUUUAUUAGGAAUAUCUUAAAAUACUGAUAUUUAAAGAUAAUAAUCAAAGUAAAAAAGGUGCUUAGUUGUUGAUUGAAUGUUACACACAAAUCAAAUCGAAAUUCACAGUUGACGAACAAAGGCAUUAUCUCUUUACUCCAAGAACCAUAACUUAAAUAAUUUUUGCUUUAAAAAGAUAUAAUGAUAUAUAAUCAGUAUUCCCAGAGGCUCUGCUUAAUGAAUUCAAUAAAAUAUUUAGAGACAAAUUGAUCUCUCAAGAUUAGUAAUUUAAAUUUGACUCAAUGAUUUUACCAAUUUUUAAAAAAUACUAUAAAGACAUUCAAUCAUAAUAGUAUUUCGCCACUGUUCAGAAUCUCCAAACACUGUCGAAGAUUGAAAAAAAGGAUUUCAUUUAAUUGGUUUCUUAAGCUGUUCAAGUAUACUCUCGAGAGAAUAGAGAGUUAAAUGUUGUGAUGAUUGAAGAAAUACUAUCUCUCUUGACAUCCUUAAAUAGAGCAUUAUCUUCAUAGAGUUAAACAACACUCUUAUUAGCUGGAAGAAAUGGCAUAGGUAGAAAGAUGUGUUUGUAGAUAAUGUCUACGAUGCUCAAUUUAGAAGUACUUUAGCCGUACACAUGCAGAGAUUAUGGAAUCAGAGAAUUUAAGAGAGAUCUUAAAUCAUACAUGGAAACAGCCUAAACUAAGAAUUGUUUAUUGAUUUUAGAAGAUCAUGUGCUAUUAUAGUAAGGAGUCUUAGAAACUGUUAAUUCCUUAAUCUCAAGUGGAGAAAUUCCAGGGUUGUUUGGUUAUGAAGAAAUAGAUAGACUAAUAUAAAAUCCAGAAGAAGUGAAGAGGGAAUUUUAUGGUAAAACACUUUAUGAGGCAUUUCAUGAAAAAGUAAAGAGAAAUAUGAAGAUUGCUUUGGUGAUGGACAACUCUAAUCACGAAUUCUAAACUAAUUGUGCAUAAAAUCCAGCUCUGUUCACAAAUACUACAAUUAUAUGGUAGACUUAAUUAUCCAAAGAGAGUUUGUUACAAUUCAUGAAAAAAUAAUUAGAAUCUUCUAAUAAUAACAAUACUGUUAAUGAAUAAUUAAUUAGUUAUGCAGUUGAAAUACAUAGAAAUUCAAAAGCUGAUCCAAGAAGCUUUUAAUCUUUGACUUAGACCUAUAGUUUAAUAAUGGAUACGAAGAUGUAAUCAAAAGGAUCACAAGCAGAUCACUUAUAAAAAGGACUUGAGAAAUUAUAAGAAGCAAAUAACUUAGUAAAUAAGUUGACUUAAGAAGCCUAAGAAAAGAAAGUUUUGUUGUCUAAAAAGUAGUUGGAAGCAGAUGAUGCUUUAUAAAAGAUAUCAAAAGCAAUGUAAGAUGCAGCUGAACGUCGAUAAGAAACUGAAUAAUUAUAAAGAUAUCUUUAAGAGGAAGAAGGCAAAAUCAAAGUAUCUAAAGAUAAGGUUGAAGAUGAACUGAGAGAUGUUAAUCCAUUAGUAUAAGAGGCACAGAAUGCAGUCAAAGGAAUAUCGAAGUCACAUUUAGAUGAAUUAAAAUCGUUGGCUUAGCCUCCGCCUGCAAUCUAUGAUGUGUUAGGUGCUGUUAUGAAAGUUUUUAAGUAAACAGAAAUAAAUUGGAAAGCAAUUAAGAAGUUUUUGGGUAAUAAACAAGUAAUUGAUUAAAUCAUUGACUUUGAUCCUCAUAUGAUAACAGCUGAUAUCAGAAGAGAUGUUGAAGAGGAAAUUGCCAAACAUUCAAAUUCUUUUGAAAAAUAAAACAUUUAUAGAGCUUCAUUGGCAGCAGGACCAUUAGCUGAUUGGGUAAAAGCAAUAUUAAAAUAUGCUACAGUUUUAGAGAAGAUUGCACCUUUAGAAAAAGAAUUAUAAAUGAUUAGUAAGAAAUUGGAUUCAUCUAGAAAUAGAUUGAAAUAAUGUUAAGAUGCAUUAAAUUAACUUGAUUAGAAAGUCUAAGAAUUAAAGAACAAUUUUGCAUCUAAAACAAGCGAGGCAGAAUUACUUAAGAGAGAUUUAGAAAAAGCAGAACAAACUGUGAGUCUGGCAUCCAAUUUAUUAGAUAAAUUAUCAGGAGAAAAGGUUAGAUGGUAAUAAUAACAUGAUUUAAUUGCUUAAGAAUUAAAACAAUUCCCAUUAGAUUCGUUAUUAUCUGCAUCAUAUAUUACAUAUUUGUCCUCUUAAGAUGAAAAUGUUAGAUAUAAAACUUUGCAAGAAUGGAUUCAUUUGACAAAAUUGUCAUAAUACGAUUACUUAAAAUUUAUGUCUAAUGAGAGUCAAAUCUUGAAAUGGAAAACACUAGGAUUACCAGGUGAUUAAUUGAGUAUAGAAAAUUCAGUUAUGGUAUUCUCUUCCUCAAAGGUUUCAUUAUUAAUUGAUCCUAAUACAUAAGCCACUGAAUGGUUGAAGAAAACAUUAUCAUAGGCUGAAAUAUUAAAUCAAACAGAUCCUAAAUUCAAUAAUCAACUAGAAUUAGCAGUUAGGUUUGGUAAAACUAUAGUGAUCUAAGAAAUUGAUCAAAUUGAAGGAUUAUUGAUUCCAUUAUUAAGAAAAGAUUUAUUGCAUUAAGGUCCUAGAUGGGUGGUUAUGAUUGGAGAGAAGUCUGUCGAUUUUAAUGAAAGUUUUGUAAUGUAUUUAACAACCAGAAAUUCUUCAAUUCAUCUGCCUCCACAUACUGUAUCUUUGGUAUAGGUGAUUAAUUAUACUGUCACUAGAAGUGGUUUGGAAGGCAAAUUACUUAGUAUUAUCAUUAAUAUUGAAUAACCAGAUUUAGAAUAGAAGAAACAAUAAUUAUUGGAAAAUGAGGAAAAACUAAAGAUGUAAUUGGCUGAUUUAGAGAAGACUCUUUUAGAUGAGUUAGCAAAUUCAUAAGGAAACAUCUUAGAGAAUAGAGUAUUGAUUGAUAGUUUAAAUUAAACAAAAUCAAAAUCAUAAGUUAUUGCCCAGAGUUUACAAGAAUCCUCAAAAUUACAGGAAGAUUUAGAUACAUAAAGAGAUGUGUAUAGACCAUUAUCCUAGAAAGGUGCUUAAAUCUUCAUUCUUAUUCAAAGUCUAUAGAAUUUAAAUAAUAUGUAUAAAUAUUCAUUAGCCUACUUUAUUCAAAUAUUUUAAAAGACUCUAGAAAUCAAAGAGAAUUUUGAUUCAAAACAAAAGAAAUUAGAGUUUGCUGGAUAGAGUUUAUUGAGAAAUAUCUUCAAUCAAAUAGCUGGUUCAUUGUUCAAAUAAGAUAGAUUAAUCUUUGCCUUACAUUUGGUAAAAGGAUGUAAACCAGAACUAAUUGAGGAAGAGGAAUGGCAAUUUAUGAUUGGUAAUUAAAUACCUAAUGACAGUGCUCAUCUUCCAAAAUGGGCAUCUUAAGAUAGAAAGGAAAUAUUUGGAUAGUUAUAGAAUCUUAAAUUAAAUAUCAAUUUUAAUUCUAGUGAAUGGGAAUAAUGGAAUAAUAAUUAAGAAUGCGAGAAAAACUUCCCAUAAUCAACUAAAUUAAAACCAUUUUAAAAAGUGCUUAUUGUCUAAACAUUCAGACCAGAAAGAGUUUAAAGUGCAUUGAAUGAAUUUGUCUGUCUAAAUUUAGGUAUACCAAGUGUUAGUGGUCAGACAUUCAAUUUCUAGAUUGUUGCUUAAGAAGAAUUGACAGCCUAAAUUCCAUGUCUAUUUGUUGUCUCUGCCGGUAGUGAUCCUUCUAAGGAACUAGAAGAAUUUGCUGAAUAACAAAUAGGAAAGUAGAACUUUUAAGAAAUGUCUAUGGGAGGUAAUUAAAAUGAAUUAGCAUUAACUUUGAUUAAAGAAGCUGCUCAAAAAGGUUAGUGGGUAUGUUUAAAGAAUUUGCAUUUAGUUAUUAGUUUCCUUCCUUUAUUAGAAAAAACCAUAAAACAACUAAAGCCACAUCCAAAUUUCAAAUUGUGGCUUACAACUGAAGCUCAUCUGAAAUUCCCAUCUAUACUUCUUGAAACUUGUUAUAAGGUGUCAUAUGAAGCACCUCCAGGGUUAAAAAAGAAUUUAUAAAGAAUAAUAACCAGUUGGCCCACACAUAAUAAAUAAUCUGUCUAUUAAACAUAAUUACUGUUCAUACUCACUUGGUUCCACGCUUUGGUUUAAGAAAGAAGAACUUAUAUCCCAUAAGGUUGGAGUAAAUUCUAUGAAUUUUCAUAUGCCGACUAUAAAGCAGGAGUCUAAAUAAUUGAGAAUCUAUUAUAAGAGUCUUAAACCAUCUCUUGGUAAACUUUAUAUGGAUUAUAUGAAAAUGCCAUCUAUGGUGGAAGAGUUGAUAAUGAAUAGGAUAUCAAAGUGUUGAGAGCAUAUUUAGAAACCUAUUUCAAUUAAAAUAAAUUACAAAAUGGAACUCUAAGUACUGGACAAUAAAUACCAUAAACUAAUCAAGUUAAAGAUCUUGUCAAUUUAAUUAAUAAAUUACCUGAAAAUGAUGUUCCUGAAUUUUUUGGAUUACCUAAUAAUAUUGAUAAGGCAGUUUAACGAUAUACAAUAUCAAGAGUUGUCAGUGGUUUGAAAUCUAUGAAUAAUAUAGUUGGAUCUGAAAUCAAGUUUGAUAAAGAAUUGUGGACUAAUUUGUUAAGUCCUCUCAUCAAUAUGUGGGAUCAAUUGAAAAUAAGGGAUACUAUCUCUGUUACAAAUUAAUAAUUAGGGUCAUUGGAUCCAAUUGAAUCAUUUAUUUAUUUAGAAGCCUAAUAGACUUGGAAUCUCUAUUAGAUUAUUAACCAUUCCUUUGAGAAAUUGAAGAAUGUUUUAUACAAUAAUGGUUUAUUGACUAGUGACAUUAUUGAUGUUGGAUUAUUAUUUAUCAAAGAUAUUGUACCUUAGAAAUGGAGCAAUUUCUGGGAAGGUCCUGAUGAUAUCAAUUUAUGGUUGAAAAUAUUUAUUAAGAAACUCAAUGCUAUUAAACUAUGGAUUGAUAAGAUACAAAGAAAAUAAUAAUUAGAAGAAGUUGAUUUAAGCGAGUUAUUCCACCCUGAAAUUUAUAUGAAUGCACUCAGAUAAAAAACAGCGAGAAAAUUAAAUAUUCCAUUAAAUGAAUUGAAAUUAUAAGCAGAUUUUGAUAACCUUAAGCAUCCUCUUGUAGUUAAAUUAAAGAAUCUCUUAUUAUAAGGGUGUGGAUUCUCCAAUGGUCAAUUAGUUGAUGAUAUGAAAAUAACAUCAGAAUUUAUCGAACUACCUUCUUUGAAUAUUUCUUAUGUAGAGAAAUCGUCACCAGAAAAGAAUGGAAUAGGGGAUUUCCCUAUUUAUUUAAAUGCCAGUAGAGAAAAAUUACUAUGCAGAAUUAAAUUACCUCAAUCUGGUCAAAUGAACGAUAAAAUCAUAGCUGGUGUUGCAUUAUUUUUGAGCCAAAACGAUUGA